AUGGCGAAUCAAUCAAAAGAAAUUACCCAGAACCUCUACGGCCGGUCAGCUCCACCCUCACACCAAACAGUCAAGCUCUUGACCGCAGCCACAGUUGGUGCCACGCUGUUAUUCUUGUACGGGUUAACUCUGACCGGGACGGUGAUUGCCCUGAUCAUGGCUACCCCUGUCCUGUUGCUGUUUAGUCCAAUUCUAGUCCCGGCUGGAUUAGUCAUGCUCCUCAUAGCAGCCGGAUUUGUUUUCUCCGGCUGUUGUGGCAUGGCAGCAAUGACGGUGAUCGCCUGGUUAUAUAACUAUGUAUCUAACUAUGCGGCUGCGAAGCAAAGGGCUAAUGCGUACGGGCAGUUCGUGAUGCUUGAUAUAUAG